UAGAGUGCAUCAUAUCGGCCCAAAACAUCAUUUCGCAUUAGGUGUGCAAACGAGCGGAAAGCCCACAACACCACAAUAUAAUUAGUACCUUAUAUCGUACCACGUUGCGUUGUUGGCGCGCACCGAUACCGCGGAGCGGGCAAAUAUUUGCUCCGCCGGAGCGAAACCCCGAGAGAGUGACGACGACGACGACGACGACGUCGACCAGAUAGUGAAUUGCGCGCGCGUAUCUCAGCUCCAGCCUGCCAGCUGUCAGUCGUCGAUGACGCUCGCAAAAGUGUGAGUUUCGCGACUGGUGCGACCGCGAGAAUCGCGCACGCCAAUCGAUCCACUUCGCGACAGUUGAGGCGCGGAGUUGCUCGCAGACGAUCGGCUCGACCGGACGGACUUUUCUUCCGGUGCCGCGAAGUGCCAAAAUCGCAAUCAGGCAGUGUGAUUUAGUGUGUUUGGUUUAUUUUUUUUUUGCGCCGGGAGAAGGACACACGCGCAGUACAAGGAAGUGAAUUGAGGAAAGUUGUCUGCUCUGCAGGAAAGGAAACAGAACCGAAUAAUCGAAAGUUGUUGUGCCGCGAAUAAGGUCGUCGUCUGCGAAGGUCGGAGGUCUACCGGUUUUUUUUCUGUGUUCUGUUCCGUUUUAUUCGUUCUAGUGACUGCUGUGGCAGAAUGGCGGUCGAUCAUACGCUGGAGGAGUUGAUGGGAAUGUUGGGUGACUUCGGCCGCUACCAGGCGUUCCAGUUCAUCCUGCAUCUGCUGGCCGCCAUAACGGCCGGCCUGCACAUGCUGUCGCUAGUGACGGUAGCCGCCAUUCCGGAGCACCGAUGUUUCAUCGACGGUGUCGAUUCGCUAAACGCCAGCUCGGCCCUGGUGGACUUCGAAAUCCUCAGCGAGUACAUUCCACUGAACAAAGACGGCGUGCUGGAUUCGUGUCUGAUGUUCGCGGGAGGAUCGGCGGCCAAUGCGACCGUCGCCUGCAGCUCCUAUGUGUACGACAGCAGUUACUUCAAAUCGUCGCGGACAAUCGAGUGGAAUCUGGUGUGCGAUCGACGCUGGAUGGGAGCCUUGGGGCAGACUAUCUACAUGCUUGGGGUUUUCACUGGUGCUGUUUGGUUGGGCGGACUAGCCGACAAGAUUGGACGCAAGAAGGUGUUUUGCUGGUCCGGAUUGCUGCAGUUGAUCCUGGGAGUGGCAGUUGCCUUCACACCGGAAUAUUAUUCGUUUUUGGUGCUGCGUUAUCUGUAUGGUAUCUUCGGUAGUGCCGGUAGCUACAUUACCGGUUUUGUAUUGACGAUGGAACUGGUUGGAUCCAGUAAACGAACGCCGUGCGGAAUAUCAUUCCAGGCUGCCUUUGCUGGUGGUAUCAUAUUGGUAGCUGCCUGGGGUGCCUUGAUCCCCGAUCGACUAAUUCUUCAAGUCGUCUAUGGAUUGCAUGGUGUGCUAUUGAUUGCCCACUGGUGGGUUAUGGAUGAGUCUCCUCGAUGGUUGUGGAUGCAGGAUCGGAAGCGAGAAGCAAUCGAUAUUAUCGCCAAAGCUGUGCGCAUGAACGGGCGUGGAUUGAAUGUGGAUAAGGAAUACUAUCUGUCGAAGGACAAAGGCAGCUAUUCGGUGGAGUCCACACCGAAAUCGAGCGCCGGAUUGAGUGACCUGUUUAAAACUCCGAAUCUCCGUAAAAUGACUUUAAACGUGUGCCUGUGCUGGUUUGCGAACUCAAUCACGUACUACGGUCUGUCGCUCAGCUCCGGUAAGCUCGGAGGAAAUCCUUACCUUAUCUUGUUCCUGAUGGCGUUGGUGGAAAUGCCAAGUUAUCUAGCAAUCAGUUUCCUUCUGGACAAGUUGGGUCGCCGAUCAAUCACCAGUUCACUCAUGAUUGUCGGCGGUAUUUGCUGUAUCGUAGCUGCGUAUCUCACACGAGGAAGCGUCGAAUCCACCACCAUUGUGAUGUUCGGUAAACUGUUCAUCGCCGGUUCGUUUGCUGUCAUCUACAACUACUCGGCGGAACUGUUCCCAACUGUGGUUCGGAACUCCGCCAUGGGUUUGGGAUCGAUGUGUGCCCGUUUGGCCGGUGCAUCUACACCGAUGAUAAUCCUGUUCGAUUCAUUUGAUCCGAAGAUUCCGGCGGUAAUAUUCGGUGUUAUUUCACUGAUUUCCGGAAGCUGGGUACUGUUCCUGCCGGAAACUAAUGGAAAACCAAUGCCUCAAAGUUUGCAGGAUGGUGAGAAUUUUGGACGAGGUGAUACGGCAUUUUCCAGCUGCCUAGGACGGAACAAGACCCACAUAGAGGAUAUACCACCGGCUCAACCGAUGGUCCCGAUGCAGACGAUCGAGCGGUAGAUUUGGAAUAGGGGCAAAGAGUCAGAUCGCACGUUGAUUCAUGUUGGGUAAAGAUUUAGCUUAAAUGUUAGGUGAAGAUUAUAUUCGUAAUAUUCGAGAAUGAAUUUGUAAAUUUUAUGACUGUAUAAAGUUGAAUGGAAUUGUGAAUGUGACUAUUGCAAAAAUGAUAGGAAAAAGAUGUAUAGAAUAUACUAUAAAUUAGAAAACAAUAAACUUUAGGACGACAA